GUCGAGAUUUAUGGGUCAUGGUGGUCUCUGCAUCUCCGUACGAACACAUGAUUGGCAAACCUGACGUCAAAUAUGUGGCCAACAUUCACGGCAAUGAGGCUGUCGGUCGCGAACUGCUGCUGCAUCUGAUACAAUACCUGGUUAAAGCUUAUGAAACAGACUCGUACAUCAAAUGGUUGUUGGAUAAUACAAGGAUUCACUUGAUGCCCUCAAUGAAUCCCGAUGGCUUUCUUAUAUCGCGUGAAGGUCAAUGUGAUACUGUCCAUGGCAGGCAUAACGCCCGCCGGUACGACCUCAACCGAAACUUCCCGGACUUCUUCAAGGCGAACACAAAGCAGCCCCAGCCGGAGACAGAGGCGGUGAAGGAGUGGAUCAGCAAGAUACAGUUCGUGAUAUCAGGCUCGCUGCACGGCGGCGCAUUGGUCGCUUCCUAUCCCUUCGACAACACGCCAAGCGCUAGGAUAUGCAGAUCCUCUGUGUUGUGCUCAGUGUUCCAAAGCUACGCGCACACUCCGUCCAUCUCGCCCGACGACGACGUGUUCCGCCACCUCGCGCUCGUGUACUCCAACAACCACGCCAAGAUGUCGCGCGGAGUUUCGUGCAAGUCUGGUUCAUCUAGAUUCGAAAAGGGCAUCACUAACGGUGCAGCGUGGUACCCACUUACAGGUGGAAUGCAGGAUUACAAUUACUUAUGGCAUGGAUGUAUGGAAAUAACAUUGGAAAUAUCUUGUUGCAAAUAUCCCCCAGCUCAUGAACUUAAUAAGUAUUGGCAAGAUAACAAAGAGUCUCUAAUAAAAUUCUUAGCUGAAGCUCAUCGUGGUGCGCAUGGGUUCGUUAUGGAUGUAAAUGGUAACCCGAUUGACCGUGCCGCCAUACGUGUGAAGGGACGUGACGUCACAUACCAUACCACUAAAUAUGGAGAAUUUUGGCGUAUCUUAUUACCGGGGACAUACAAACUUGAGGUUGCAGCAGAAGGAUAUUUACCUCAGGAAGUUGAAUUCUUUGUUAUAGAGAACCACCCAACUUUGUUAAAUGUUACUUUACAUUCAGCUAAGCGCAUUGACGGCGGCCCGUACUACCGCCCGCCACCCCCGCCGGCGCGCCCACCGCCUGCGCCAGGUCUCUUCUCCACUCUGACAAACUCCUUCAAUAGCUUUGUCUCCAAUAUUUUCGGAUAAUAAUAGAACGUCAAUUAAGACCAGAAGCAGCUUAUUAAUAAUUUUUAACCAAUUAAUUAGAACCUACUUACAGCCUUAUAAGUUUAUAUUAAGCAAUAUUUGUAAUUCGUAAUUGAUUAUUUACAUUGAAUUGUCACGAUAUGAAUAUUUUGCAGAUUUAUUAAUGAUGUCCAAAUGCUAGAAAGUUUAUCCUUGUUCAUAGAAUACCUACCGAUUAGCUGUAAGUUAAUGCAAAGAAGAUGAUUAAAGUAUUUAUUAAAAUUAAUGUAAAUAGAACAUAGAUAUAAGUAGUUGAUAUAUGUCAAAACAUAGUAUUUAUUUUAAAUAUAAAGAUAAAAAAGCAUGUAGUUUUUUU